CCGGCAUAGGCACGUGCACACACAGUGUGCCCACGUACUGUGCUGUAUCUUGCGCGUACUCGAUUAUCGUACAGAGGCACACCAGAGUACACACACGAGAGAUCGAAAUCACGCCUGAGUGUGCGAGACGUGUCCGUCGGAGUCGAGUAGUCCAAGCGAGUCCGAACGCAAAAGCCUGCAUUUGCCAGACGAUAUAUCGAGCCACGCGACAAUGCAACGAACACUCGUCGUGAUCCUCCUCUGGAUAAGCUGUUACGGCUACGCUCUCCCGCGAGUGGAGAGGAAUCUACACGUGUCAAACGUUCAAACGCACUACAACGUUACGAGCACCGAGGUCGAUGAUCUGCUGUCGAUAGACGAGGUGUCUUACAUCGAUUUCAAUUCAACUGCAUUGAUUGCAUCGAGGAGGCCGAACGUCUGCAACGACUGUGUAUGUGGCGUGGGCCGGAAAACAAGGAUCGUUGGUGGAAACGUGACGAGCGUUUACGAAUUUCCCUGGAUUGUUAGCAUGAGUAAACAGGGCACAUUUUACUGUGCCGGCAGUUUAAUCACGCGAAAACACGUACUCACGGCAGCACACUGCAUGGAGGGAUUCGACAGAAGAAGCAUCAAGCUUGUCCUGGUAGACAAUGACCGAGAGAAAUUGGACAAAAAUGCCAUAAUUCGCCGUAUCAAAUCUGUCGUUAUUCACGAGAAGUUUCAUUCCUACACGUACAAUAAUGACAUCGCUAUCAUCGAGAUGGAUCGACCAGUGAAUGUGAAUGGUAUCGUGCGAACUGCCUGUUUGCCUGAAGACAAAGCCAUCGACUACACUGGGGCGACAGCCACAGUAAUUGGUUGGGGUCGGACAGGAGAGAGUGAACCCGUGAGCAAUGAACUGAGAAGAGUGAAUCUGCCAAUUUUGUCACAGGAAGAAUGCGAUCAAUCGGGUUACCAGACGAAUCGAAUCAGCGAGAACAUGUUCUGCGCUGGAUAUCUGGAGGGUGAUCUCGAUGCGUGCUUUGUAUCAUCUCGUGGGGUCGCGGAUGUGCAAGGCCAAACUUCCCCGGAAUUUACACGAAACUAACAAAUUACCUCGGAUGGCUUAAAGAUCAUUUAGGCGGUGAAUGCGUGUGUCCACCACCUCAUCGAUAUUAAUUUACGACUACUAGAAGAAUAGUUAUUUAAAUUAUUAAGUACAUUUAUUUAAAAAAACACACACACACACACA